GGAAGACAAAGCAAACCAGGAACAUCUCACUCCAGCCUCGUCGUUGCAUUUCGUCAUGGCUCAUGCUGCGACAAGAUUAUCAAGACCAAGCAGACAAAGGAGAAGAGAAAAGGCUGGAAUGGAUAUGCUAAGCGCUCUGUUUCCCUCACAAAGGUCAGAAUGCCCUUUUCCCCAAGGAUUCGUCCAUCUGCGCCAUUCAAGAAUUUGGAUGGCUAGGGUCAAAGAAUUCCUUUCUCUGCGCUAUGACUUCUGGCAACCCAGACCCCCCUCCACCAGCAUGGUAUCGUCGACUUCCUAGACCUCCAACUGAGUAUAAUCCUACACUGCGCCGUUCCUCAUUGCUGUCUCAGCACCGUUUGUUCCAUGCUGGAUCUUCCGGCCAUGAUACGUCGGGAGAUGGACUGCCUGGGACCACAGUGCAGCUCCCUGAGAGUUCCAAGUCAACGGAGAUGUCGACAGAGGGUAUAGGAAGACCGCUGGUAGCGAUUGAAGAAGGCCAGCCUGCUUCGCAUGCGAAGCCAUCUCAAUCUUCGAGCAUGGCGGAAUCACAGGCACAAUCCCUGAAAGCAUUUGAUAGUUCCAAGCCCAGAGAGCAUCUGUGUCUGUGCCCGUCUGAACCAAAGAUCCCAAGACCACGAAACUCAUUUAUGCUGUUUCGACAACACCAGCAAUCCAGUAUCAUGGCGCAAAAUCCUGGCCUUCCUAUUCCGGACGUGUCAAAGAUUAUUGGAGAACAAUGGAGGAGUCUGUCAGCAGAGGCCAAAGAGGGAUGGAAUUUGCUUGCGGAAGAAGAGAAGACCCGUCACCAACAACAGUAUCCAGGCUAUCGUUAUCAACCACGUCGCAGCGGCAGGGCAAGUGUUCAAUCUUCUGCAACCGCACCAGCGUCUACAGAGCCACAAGAGCUUUGCAUCAAGUGUGGUGGCAGACCGAUGAACGGUUAUACCAACGCAAGCCCGAUAUAUACUCCUCCAACGACCGGUUCUCAACAGCCUAUGACAAUGCAGGUUCCCGCAAAGCGAAGCUACAUCGUUAGCAGCGGGCCUCCUCAGCGAUAUAAUGGACAACCACCUACCUCGCCCGAGCCCAUGCCUCACCAAAAGACCUUUAUCGACGCUUACCCUUACCAGCGAGUUGACUCUCGCCUAGUAUAUGCCGUCACUCCCAAUCAGCCUCUUCCCACCCCUGCGUCAGCGGAUUCCCAGGAUGCAAAGAGACGGCGGUUCAAUAGCAACGGCGUGUAUGUGCCGGCUCGGGAACCUUACCCGGAAAGUGCCUACACAUAUGCCCAUUCUCCGAUCCGUACAGCUUCGUAUGCUCGACCUGAAGUUGUUCGUCUCCACCCUACGCAGGUGUCUGUUCAGCAUGUCCCCAUGGCCAAACCUGCAGUUGUUUCACCACCUCGAGCGGUUUACCCUCGUCCACCACAACUCCAGCCUGUUCGCCCACCUCACCCGCAUCAACGAGCUAGGUCCACAGUUGCACUGCCGCCGAUAGAGACAUUGGUGUCCCAAACGCCGACCAAAUCAUCAUCAAUUCAAUCACAAAGCUCUGGCGUAGAAGCCAUGAUUAUGUCGAUACCAGUCCUGAACAAAAUCAAGGUUCUUAACCAGAUAUCAGCGCCUCUUCCCACUCCCGGUCCGAUGUCUCCGAGGCCAGAAGUGCGUGGUGCCAUCAUCGCCAUUGAAGGCAUGGAUUCCGACACGGUCAACAGCAUGACCACUUCACUGGCCGAGCAGUUGGAAAAAGAAGGCAAAUUCGCCGUCCGAAUAUUUGGCGGUCCAGACCCCUUCUCCAUUAUUGGGGAUGCACGAAAUCGAGCAAACGCUCAGGUUAAGCCUAUGACGACCGAGGCGUACUUGAGCAUGCUCAGUGACUGGCACAAAAUCAACAAAGAAAUGGUCGAAUAUAUCAGUACAAGACCUGGGAUGGAUGGAUGCCAGUCAUCACCUAUGUCGCUCGACUCUACGAUCUACGAUCGGAACCACCUGAUGAAUGGUUACCAUGCAUCCAAAACUCCGGACAAGACCGUGCGAUUCUUUGACGGAGGGACGGACAUGGCUCAUGACGCUGCAAUCAGUCCCAAAACCAUGAGCAAGACAGCCGACUUGUCCAUAGUGUCACCACCAACCAAGGCUCGAAGUCAGAGUACACCCGGCCCAGGAAUGGAUGGGGGGUGCCAGUACAGCAUUCAACAGCAGACGUUCACAUUCCCACGCCCUUUCAAUUCGAAUCGUAUCCCUCCACCUCCUCCGACACCGCCUCCUGCCACACCGCCGCCACCACCACCAGUUGCACAAACUUCCUCCAGAAUUCCACCUCCUCGUACAUCUAAAAUACUUCCUGGAGCUUCCCUAUUUGAUCACAUUGUCCAAGACAAACAGUCUCUGACAGGGCCAAAUAGCACAGCCAUCCCCAUCGCCUUGGUUCCGCACUUUCAGCUCACUACGGUCAAUGCUGCCUCCAUCUCAAUGCCAAUCAGCGAUAGCUUUUCGCCACCCGCUCACUGGCAAUGGUUUGCUACUUUGUGGCGCGGCUGCAUCGGUCCAGAUAUUACCGUGGUCGUCAAGGGUGUCGAUGACGAGUCCGAAGCUGCCGAAGCCGCCAGGGCAUCUGUUAGUGCUGCAGCCAGCACACCUAUGGGUGUGCGGGAGAGAAAUUCCAGCGCAGGAUUGAGUUCUACUGGUGGACAUUCCGGCGUGGAGAUCCGCCUGAGUGAUUGUCGGGCGGUCGUGGUCAAAACUGCUAUUAUAGGCAUGCCUACCACCGCUGCAGACGCGGAUGAUCGUGUGCAGGAGGAUCCAGUGAAGAAACCAGUCGACCCGACUCAUCAGGCAAAAGAGAUGGAGAACUGGGAGAAGGCAAAGCGGCGGGUGGGAUUUGAGGUUGAGGAAUUCUUGCGCAGAUGAUUGGGUCACGAGCAGGACAUUCAUGC